AGUCACGUGAGUUGUUUGAGUCAAAGGACAGCGGUGCUGUUCUAAAGUAGUGUGUGUCUGCGUGUGUUUUUAAGUGUACUUACUAUUUAACACCUUUUGCUUAAUGUGUCGUACGCUCUUUUGGAUUAAUCUUCUGACCAGACCCUCUAAUGCUUACGCGUUGCUAUCGUCUAAGUUGGUAAAUCUUAAUAUUCUUCUCUCAGUCUAAUUGACAGCAGUUGAUCUUCGGCAGGUCGAGCGCGUUGAAUCUUAAUGUAAACAAACCCCGGUUCGCGGUCGAUAAUUUGCCGUUUUCAUAUACAAACUCGUCUGGAAUAACCGUCAGCGGAUUUCACUAACCUGUCAAGUGUGUUUGAGUCAGCGGGAGAUGAUUCGGCCGUGUAGUCAGGCCUUGGACUAAAGUUGAAGUCGUUUAAUUGAGUCUGUCAGAGUGUCAGAUUCGUUGCGAGGCCUUAUAUCUGUGGAUGAGGAAGUGAACGGACCGAGCUCACCCAGGAGAAAGGAUCCCAUUUCAUGGGUGAAUCCUCUUUCCUUUACUCCUGGGUGAACCGGUGAUCUGUCAAAAUGGAUGAGCAGGAGGCCCUGAAUUCCAUCAUGCAAGACCUGGUGGUGCUGCAUCGAUCCAGUCGACCAUCUGGUCUGCCUGACCUGUCCAAACCCAAGGCCUCCUCUCCUAAGAACCAGAAUGAUGUAAGGGUGAAGUUUGAGUACAGAGGAGAGAAGAGGAUCCUGCAGUUCCCUCGACCUGUCAGUCUUGAAGAUCUGAGCGCCAAAGCUAAAGUAGCAUUUGGGCAGAGCAUGGACCUGCAUUACACCAAUAAUGAGCUUGUGAUUCCAUUGAGUACUCAGGAUGAUCUGGAUAAAGCCGUGGAGCUUUUGGAUCGAUCAGUGCAUAUGAAGAGCCUAAAAAUCCUGCUAGUGCUCCCCUCCUGUACUCAGAACUCUGUUCCCAGUAAGGACCUGUUGCCAGCUCACGAGAACUUGGACAACACAGACUUCAGUGUUGCAGAUAAAAAGAACAUGCUGGCACUCAUAGGUUCUCAGUCAACCGAUCGUAGUUCUCCUCCUCCAGGCUAUAUUCCUGAUGCUCUUCAGCAGGUGGCCAGAAACGGCUCUUUCACAAGCAUCAACAGUGAGGGCGAGUUCAUACCAGAGAGCAUGGACCAGAUGCUGGACCCUUUGUCUAUGAGUAGUCCUGAGAAUUCAGCGUCAGGCAGCUGUCCUUCACUGGACAGUCCACUUGAUAGUGAUACCUACCCUAAAUCCCGUAUGCCUCGAGCACUGAGCUACCCUGAUAACCAUCAAGAGUUCCCUGAGUACGAUAUACCAGUGUUUGAAAAAUCAGGGAAGGGAGGAACCUAUCCAAGGCGAUAUCCCAUCUCGUUUGGUCUCCACGACUACAGCGACGGGCGAAAGACCUUUCCCAGGGCACGGCGGACACAGGCUCAUGGUUUUCGUUCUCCAGUGAGUUUCAGCCCAACAGAGCAGCAGAGCCCCAGCACUAGCAGCGGAAGCAGCAUCUUUACUCCUGAGCUAGAGGAACCGGGGCGCAGACGCCGUGGCAGCGACAUCGAGCCCAGUUCUAACCCCACUCUCUCAGUCAUGGACAUCAGCCCUCCGAGCCGCUCUCCUCGAGCUCCCACAAACUGGCGCCUAGGGAAGCUUUUGGGGCAAGGAGCAUUCGGGUGAGUGUUUCUUUGCUAUGACGCAGAUACCGGCAGAGAACUGGCUGUUAAACAGGUGCAGUUUGACCCGGAUAGCCCAGAAACCAGCAAGGAGGUGAGCGCUCUGGAGUGCGAGAUUCAGCUGCUGAAAAAUCUGUUCCAUGAGCGCAUUGUUCAGUACUACGGCUGUUUGCGGGACACGCAUGAAAGAACUCUUUCCAUUUUUAUGGAGUACAUGCCUGGGGGCUCCAUUAAAGACCAGCUGAAGUCUUACGGUGCUUUGACGGAGAACGUCACACGCAAGUAUACACGUCAGAUACUAGAAGGCGUGUGCUACCUGCACAGUAACAUGAUCGUCCAUAGAGAUAUCAAAGGUGCCAAUAUCCUUCGGGACUCUGCAGGUAACGUGAAGCUGGGUGACUUUGGAGCGAGUCGGCGGCUUCAGACCAUCUGCCUGUCUGGAACGGGCAUUAAGUCAGUGACAGGUACACCUUAUUGGAUGAGCCCGGAGGUCAUCAGCGGAGAGGGGUACGGCAGGAAAGCAGAUAUCUGGAGCAUUGGCUGCACUGUGGUGGAGAUGUUGACCCAGCGGCCACCCUGGGCGGAGUAUGAAGCAAUGGCAGCGAUUUUUAAAAUCGCCACACAGCCCACCAACCCCACUUUGCCGCCUCAUGUGUCGGACCACUGCCGCGAUUUCCUUAAACGGAUUUUUGUGGAAACUAAACAGCGCCCACCUGCUGAGGACCUAUUACGGCACACUUUUGUCCACUAGCCACUCCCCCUUCCAUCUCUGACCAGUCAGAGACUUCCAUAAGUGUCUGUAGGACCAUCCCCUUUUCAGACUCAGGCCUGUGAGCCUCUACUCAGACCAGAGAGCAUAGCGAAGAGGGCCGUGGCCUAAUCUCUCACCACUGCUGGAGCAGAAAGGUGAUUUGGAGCAGCUUGGUUCCGUACGAAAACAUUGCACCUUAAUUUCACUAUCGGUACCCCAAAACAACUUGAGGAUGUUGUCUUUUAAAGGCUUUCUGUUAUUGUUUUUUGUUUUUUUUUAUGUUUUGAUAUCCCCCAUGAUUGUGGAGAGCCUUUGCUCUGGGGAGUCCGGUUGGGUUCUGGAUGCACUGGGUUAAUGCAGGAAGAUCUUGGAAUGUCAACCCCAGAACGAGGCAGGUACGCCAAUACGCUGCUAAAGGGUAAAAGGAAAAAAAAUGAAACGGAACAGAAUAGAUGACAGGAUGCAUGGGACUCUCCAGCCCGGCUGUCAUGGCUUCUAAAAGUUCUCAUUUUCUUGCACAGUCCUAAACAUACACACACACACACACACACCCAAACACGCAAACUCUGAUGGAAGAUCUUACUGUAGAAUAUUUACUCACUAUGCUGUACAAACAUUUGCGUUUGCUGAACUCUCUCUCACCUUCUGAUCACAACCACACACCGGAGUGUAUUGGCUCUCUCUAGUUUUAGGAUUCGUCAGGAUCUUGUACCCGUUUCUGCUUUGUUUCUGUUUUUACUGUGUGCCUUUUUACGACGUCUCCUUGCUCUUUUUUUGGUAUUCUGCUCCGUCUUAAGUGUCCGAUCAUUUUUCUAGAAUUUUAUAGGUUUAAUGCACAGCGACUCGCAAGUCUUUCUGACUUUGUCUGUACAGGAAUUAUUUAGGACCGUUCGGCUCUUCAUACUGUUUCUAGAUCAGCAUAAACAACCUCUGCCUUUUUCCCCCCUCUGGCCCCUCUGCUGGCAAACUGAUCUCGGGUCAGGUUCACCUGUGCAUUCUCUUAACACAGUGCCGUACACUUCAAUCUGAUCAGGUAGGCAGGUUGAAUACACACUCACUCACCAAAGCGGAAAAAAAAAAAAAAAACCCGAACCACACAGGCAGGGUUUAGUGCCUGGACAUUUUUGAUUCAAGUAUAAAUCUCAAGAACAGAGAGUUAGAUUUGAAUAAAGAAAUGGAUUGCUCUCAAUAUGAAAGUUGACACUGUAAGUGCACUUCUAGUGAAGACUACAAAAACAGGAUCUUUUCUGCUGAUAUUUUCCAUACAAGACAUCUGAUGUUUCAAUUCAUCGGAGGUCUUCUUCACUCUAAUGUAUUUCCAUAGGUUUCAGAAUAUGCAGAAUUUCACAAAUCCUAACGACACUCAGCACUUGACAGUACUAACGGUUUGCCUAUAAAUGAACCUCGCUAUCCCAUGCUGCCUUGGGACAGGACGUUUCACCCGUUCACACUCUAUCAAGCACUUGGUUACACGCUUUCUGCUAGUGAACGCUUCUGAAUAUUUUAGUGACGGUCACGUUGCUGUUCAAGACUCAUUCUCUCCUUAACAUAGUGCUGUAGUGCCUGCCUUCAGACGUGGGUGAUUACGUACCUUCUGGGGUUACCCUCAUUCCUUCCUCAAUCUAUUAGGUUUGUCUUCUUUAUUCCUUAUGUCACAAUCUGUCAAUCUUAAUUAGAAAGCUAUUAAUUCUUCCCUUCUCAUAGUUUUGAGAGUAUGGUACUAGCAUAGCAUAUGCGUGUUAAUUUAAUAAUCGUUGAAUGGAACACGAUUAAAAUAUAAGCAGCGAUUUCAUAUUGCUUACUUAUAGUGGCCUGAGAAUAAGAUUAAGCUUCAUACUUGUGGUCCGUUCACACAGGACAUGUCCUUGUUGUGUUCUCUCUCUUAAUUGUUGGUUUGUUUUAACACAUGUGGGUCAAUGACAAUAUUUUUUUUUUUUUUUUUUUU